CUCUUACGGUGAAUAAGAUUUAUAUUUGAUUUGUUUAAUUCACAACCCCAUAUGCUGUUGACAUGGCAAGAAAAAUAGGCAUCGUUGGGUACGGCCAUUUAGGUAUGAAUUUUUAAAGAAAUAUAUCAAGUUACUAUGUUUGAAGAGGGGUUUGCGAUGUAAGAAGAGGAUACUUCACUGGUUGCAAGGGCUACUCAGCGAUUUAUUAUUGGCAGUGUCUACACGUCCGGCGCGCCGGACGUCUAUCUCCCGCACUAUGUGUCCGGCGACCAAGUCACAUGACCGCCGUAACAAAGUGGCGAGAGAUAUCGUGUCGGUCAGCCUUGUCACGUGACUGCGAAUAAUUCAAAACUAUUGUUAAUUUUAAAAUCUAUUUCUCUACCAAGUAAUGUACUGAGUAUCUUGAAUGCAAAUAAUAGAAAAAGAAACUUAAGUGAAAGUGGCUUGUAAACAUUUUUGUUUAGUUUGUUAUUUUUUGUGUACCAGUAAUCCAUAAAAUAAAUUAGGGGCCAGUGUGGCAACCAAUAAAAGUUAAAGAUUUCAUUUUAAAUUAUUUCAAUUGCUACAAAAUAUUUAAAAACUUCUCAUGAAACUACUGUUGCUGAGGAACAUGAUAAUAUAAAUAUAUACAAAAUAUUUUAAUUAAAAUGGGAAGAAAAAAAACGACCCUAUCCCCGGUAUAGAUCCUCAAACAUUCCUAUCGUCAAGCAACCACUCUACCACAAGACCAGACAAGAUGUACUAAAUCGUACUUCGUUUGGAAUUAUAAAAACUACUAGCCGUCCGGCCAUGUCCGGCGGUCACGUGACAAGUCGCCGGACGUGUAUCUUGCGCACUACACGUCCGGCGCGCCGGACGUGUAGACACUUCGUUUAUUAUUAGGCCUACUUAUUAACUUAUUACUUAGUAUUAGUAUUAGUUAAUUAGGCAUAGGGUAGGAAUUGGGGUUGGAAGGCAGGAGACAAUAGACGCAAAAGCUUCUCGGGCAGGUCAUUGAUAUAUGCUACGAAAAAGCAGGGGCCUAGCACAGAGCCCUGGUGGACCCCUGACUUAUCACAGACAAAGAAGGAGGUUGCGCUGUCUACCACUUACUGCUUGGCAUUGGUCGUUGAGGCUGAGGAAGCUAGAGAUCCAUGUUUUGGUUGUGCCUUGUAUCCCAAAUCUCUGAAGUUUGUGUAAUAGCAAACUAUGAUUGACACGGUCAAAGCUUUGAGAAGUCCAUCACCAGCACAUCUGCCGUAGUGUAUCAAUGCCUGGUUACUUUAAAAAAUACUUUUACCUCCAUGAGGUAAAUAAGAAGUUUUAAAUUUAUUUCACUAGAACUAGAAAUAAUUAAUUGCACUAAACUAAGGGAUUACCAUCCUAUUCAAUAUUAGGCACAGAAACAUCGCAAAUUACCUCUACAUAAAUAGGAGCCAGAAUGAUCAAUACAUUGAUUUUGAUUGUGGGCCCUCAAGUAUAAAACAUCUAUUUUAGGUAAUCUUGUAUUUCUUCUUUUUAUUAUCUAAAAUUGAUGUUCUAGUAAAGUACUAAAUUAGGCCUACUUAAUAAGUUUGUAGGAGGAGUACUAUUUCUAAGUUAAUAACUUAGUCUUAGUAACUACGUAACUAUAACUUUAAGAAGAGUAAAAGUCGACCAAGUUCACUAAGACUAGACUAAGUGAAGUCAUAUCAAAUUGUGAUCUAAUUUUAGCAUCAGAUUCAAAUACAUUGGAUUGGAAGACAAGUUGAGUAGAGUUUAUCAUGGCCUACUCAGCUGCUGAUUACAUAAUUAUAAUAUUAAACUACCCUGUCUAUCACUAUUACUACCUACAACUAGGAACACAACUACAUUAAACUAAUUAAUAAUAAUAAUAGUACUACCAAUAAUAUUAUAAAUUAUUUGGGCCUAUAAAUAGAAAUUAUCCUCUACCACGGGUCAGCAAGUUUUUGUCUUGGUAUUUUAUAUUGUACCAAAUUGUAGUCAAUUUUUUUUAAUCAUCCAUAUGUGCCAUUGAUAAUUGAAAAUAGCUCUUUGUGCCUAAUUUCCAGAGCCGGAUUUCUCAUGGGGCCAACCUAGGCCAUGGCAUUUAUACAGAAGAAAUAACUACCAUAUGGGGGCGUCCAGUAAUUAUGUCAACAAUUUUUAACCCCCCCCCCCCACCUGUUAACAACUGUCAAACUUUCAAUGACACCCCCUAACUAAUUAUGUCAACAUUACUAUAAACCCCUCCCCUAAAAAAGAGGAAUUAUAAAUUAUAAAGAAGAAAUAACUACCAUAUGGGGGCGUCCAGUAAUUAUGUCAACAAUUUUUAACCCCCCCCCCCACCUGUUAACAACUGUCAAACUUUCAAUGACACCCCCUAACUAAUUAUGUCAACAUUACUAUAAACCCCUCCCCUAAAAAAGAGGAAUUAUAAUUUAAAUAAAUAUAUAGAUACAUUUUACUUUUUAUGCUGAUCUAUUUUAAUAACACAAAAUUCAAAAUUGUUGGCAAAACAUUUUAUUGCAUCUUUAGCUUGUUUAUCAACAAUUAAAAAAAUUUAUAUAACUAAAAAUUAUAUAACUAUUUUAAUUUACACUCAUUAAAGUUGUCCAAAUAAUGUAAUAAUAACCAGUAAAUAUUUAGGAUAAAAAUUUUAAUAGAUAAAAUAUGAUUGUUCACGUCAACUAAUCUAACCCUCCCUUCCCCUUGUCAACAAUUGUCAAACAUUUCCAAACCCCUCCUACACCCCCCUCCCCCUCAAAUUUUGUUGACAUAAUUAAUUUUUUAUAAAAAAAAAUAUUAUUUUGAAAAGCCCAUAUUAAUAAUAUAUUGUAAUUCUCAAGAACUUAAAUUAUUGAUUGAUUGAUUUGAUAUUUAUAUCGCAAUGGUAUCCUUGCCACUUUAGCAUGCUCACUGCGCUCUGGUCCUCCGAAAUCUAUUUAAACAACAAAGUUUUUAAUUGUUUCUUAAAUGAUUUUUUAUCAUUUACAAUUCCCCUCAAAGAUUGAGGCAAACUUUUUCAUAAUUUUGGCGCUAUCGCUCCAAAAGAGCGCACUCUGAAGACUUUUUUCUGUGUUUAUCCACACUAGGAACACUCGGUAAGUAUUGAGUUGAAGACCGCAGGCUCUUCAAGGAUACAUGUUUAUAAAUCAGUUCCUUGAGAUAUUCCGAUGCUGAGCCAUCUAUGCAGCUGUACGCCAGGGACAAAAUUUUGUAGUUAAUGCGCUCACUCACAUGAACCCAAUGGAGAGCUCGUAGAACUGGGGUGAUGUGGUCAGACUUUUUCAUCCGCGAUACAAUGCGUGCUGCAGUAUUUUGUAUCUUUUGGAGUCUCUGAAUUUGGUUCUGAGGUAAACCCCACAAACAACUAUUACAGUAAUCUAAUUUUGACUGGAUUAGAGUUACUGCUACAGCAUUGGCUGUUCUCCUAUUGAGUUGAGGACGCGGCUGACCCAGGGCACGCAGAUGACAGAAGCAAGCCUCGACAACAGAACUGAUAUGGGGAAUCAUACUAAGUUUACUCUCAAUAUAAAAGCCAAAGUCUCUGACAGUCGAGGACAACAGGAUCUCCGAUUCACCAACUUUUAUUGAUGCAAUGGUAACUUUCCAAAGAUUGGCAUCUGAACCACAAAUAAUUGCCUCAGUCUUAUCAUCAUAUAAUUUUAGUCUGUAUGAUUAAGUGUUUAUCUGUGCACGGCCAGUGGCUGGUCAAAAUGUUUGUGCACUUUUUCGCAAACAACUAAGGCAGUGUGACUGUAUGAUCAAGUUGAGAGAACAGCAUAAAAAAAAUCAGGGUCAAGGGUGGAAUUAUUUUUUAUAUAGUAUGAAAAUGGUCGACUGAGAAUUAAGGGCAUUUAAAGUGGGUAACGCCCAACUGUAAAAAAGGUUAAAUGGAAGUAGUGUUUUGUAGUGGGCACACAUCCAGGGACAUAUAGGUUGUAGAGUUAGUGUGAUUAUUAUUAGGGAUGGAAAACACUAAUUUGAUAGUUGAUAAAUGGGUAGGGAUGAGAAAUUUAAAUAGUUUCUGGUAGUGAUGCUGUAAUUUGAUUUUCAUAGGAUUGGAAUCUAUUUGAGAAAAUGUGUUUAUGGUAGUUUUGUUGUUGUUUUUGUUAUUUUCCUUCUUUUGCUAUUGUUUGGGGGGGUGGGGGUGGGGGGGUUGACUUAAUUUUGUAAGGGGCUUUUUGAAAGAUGGAUAGUUAAACUUAGUCUAAAACUUACCACUUAAAACUGCUACGCCACUCCUCAAACUCCCCAAAUAGCUUAUCUGUGAUGAGUUUGAUGAAUUUAUCAUUUUAAAAUGUAUUCCCCCAGGUCAGUAUCUGGUGACGGAAAUACAAAAGAGGAAAGAUUUGGAAUUGGCAUUUGUUUGGAAUCGGACACAGCACGCUCUGAAAGGGAUAGUUUCAGAUGACCUAAUUUUAGAUGAUCUUGAUUCAUUUAAAGAUCGGUAAGAUGGAGUAGCUUCUUAAAAUAUGUCUUGUUCAUCAUACACACUUACAAUUACAAAGAUACAUUUUACUCCUGCACAUUUAUUUUAUCGUAUGAAUUGAGUAAUAUAUAAACAAGGAAAUAGGCAUCAAUUUCUAUUCAAAAGAAAUUCAAAGCAGUUGACAUAUGUAUUAUUUUUAAAAGAAGUGAUCUCAAAGUUAAAAUUUAAAAAAUAACGCAUAGUGGAAUAAGAAACAUUUUUUAAAAAAAGUUGCCAGUAAAAAUUGUAAAAAAAUUGCAUUUUAUCUUCAGAAAGUAUGAAUUUUGUUGUGUAACAUGGAAUUAUGCUAUAAAGUACAGUCCCAAGAGAUUGUUCAAAAUGAAUAGCUAUAAUGGUCAACUUAAAAUUAAAAAUAGCAGCAAUUUUACUCAUUACCAAACUUAUGAUUAUUUAUGAAACAGGGAUGUUGAUUUGAUUGUCGAGGUUGCCCAUCCAAGCAUCACCCAAAAGUUCGGAACAUCAUUUCUUGAACAUGCUGAUUACAUGGUGUGUUUCUAUUUUUUUUUUAAAUUGUAAAAAAAUUGCAUUUUAUCUUCAGAAAGUAUGAAUUUUGUUUUGUAACAUGGAAUUAUGCUAUAAAGUACAGUCCCAAGAAUUAUGUAAAUUAUUUUCUUUGAUAAAAUAUAAAAAAAGUGUUUUACUCUCAUAAGAUUGGACUUGUUCAUCAAAAAAAAAUAUCCAUAUCCUGUAUAAUUGAAUAAACAAGAAAAACAACUUAAUAUUUUAGGUUGGUUCUCCCACUGCACUUGCUGAUGCCGACUUGGAAAAAAAUCUUCGCUUAGCAGCAGCGUCAUAUGGAUUGUACAUUCCUUCGGGUGCCUUUUGGGGCGGUGAAGACAUUCAGAAAAUGGCAGACAGAGGAACAUUACAGGUUGCUGAGACGUACUUUGUGUAAUUCAUUAAAUGUAAGACACAAGUGAGAAUCAUUUAAAUUAUUUAUUUUCUGCAUUCAAUGAAAUUUAAAAAAAAAUUUAUAUAUUUGUUUUUGUCUCCUGUAGGCUUUAAAAAUCACAAUGAGAAAGCACCCGUCAUCAUAUAAGCUCAGUGGAGAAUUGGAGGUUAUAAAUAGUUCAGUCACUGAUGAAUCUGUUGUUUUGUAUGAAGGUAACUUCUCUUAUUGAACUUCUCUUUCCUUCUUACAUGACAAUGAUCUAAAUACUAAUCUAAUAGUUAUAUGAUUGAUCAUCUCUGCAGUAGUUUAUUAGAAUUGUUUAAUUUUGUGUCGUUUCUUUUUUCUCAAUGAGCUACCACCCACUUGCAAUCAAAAUAUUUCAUUUUUAACAAUUUUCAUCCAGGUAGUGUUCGUGGCUUAUGUCCGUUGGCUCCGAAUAAUGUCAACACUAUGGCAGCUGGGGCUAUAGCAGCACACAAUUUGGGCUUUGAUAAAGUUCAAGGGGUUUUAGUUUCUGACCCCAGGUAAGAGAUAUUUGUGAUAUAAUUUGAGUUUAUGACCAUCAUACCUGUGUUGUGUAAAUCUUAAAGUGGGAACAGUGGGCUAAGAAGAUUGAAGAAAAAGUUUUGAUAUAUGUGUAACAAACUCAAUCAAUUUAUUUUAGCACGUCUAUUCUCACUUUAAAUUUUGUUUAUAUUUGGGAGCAGCAUACCUACCUGUAUACUUUAUAAUUUUAAAAGUACUAACUGUCUUUUCAUAUUCAACUAGAAUCAUGUUUUUCUGUUUUUAUUAGUUUUAUAUAGCCUAAUACCUCACAAAAAGAAGAAUUUAUUACAUUUUAAAUAUUCUUAUCUCUGCUUUUAUGGGAAUAAAAUAUUUUUCUUUAGUUCAACUGACUGGCAUGUUGUGGAAGUUGAGCUAUGGGGUCCUGGGGACAUAACUGCUGAUAAAGCAUUCCAUUGCAAGACAGUGAAACGUAAUCCUGCAACCUUAGGGGCUGUAACAGGCUCUGCAACAUAUGCUUCCUUUCUGAGCAGUGUAAUUGGUAUGUAAAUCUACUCCUAAAUAACUUGUGUUAACUCAAGUUGUAAUUGUAUAUUUUUCUUAAUGUGUUAAAAUAUUUUUUACUUAGAAAUACAACUGUAUUUAUUUCAGCUUAAUACACAAAUUGACUUUCGUUUCAUAUCAUUAAUUACUAUGUGAAACAUAAUUUUCCAUUAUAUUUUCUAUUGUUUUCUAUUCUUAAAUUUCCACACAGGAGCUCAUGGUAAAGGAACAGGUAUUCACUUGUGCUGAUUGGCUCAGUGAUCUCUACUUUCGGAAGGACUGGAAUCUUAAUAUUACAUUUUUAUUCCAAAUGCUUUACAUUUUACAGAGCAAAAAAAUAAUAAGUGCCCCUUGCCAAAAUAAAAAUAUACAUAUUUUUUUCUUUUGCCUGUUAUUUAAAAAAAAUGGGAUCCUUUAACACUUGGUGAUUGUCUUCCAUUGUUAUUUUGUUCCUGAAAAAAAUGAUCUUAAGUAAGGCACAAGAUAAUUUAUUUUUAUUUUUUUAAAGUAUUUUAAAAAACAAUCCCUAUUUUGGCUCAGAAGAAACCCUAUAAAAUUUCAUUUAAAUAAUUUUAAAUAUGUAGAAUUUAUUGAAUUUUUUAAUGCUUAAUUUGGCCUUUUUAAUGGAAUUUAAUAUUUUGAUUGUAGUCAUGUAUUUCAUGCAGAGUAUUAAACAGUUCCUUGUUCAUUAAAGGAUUUAAUUUGUACUUAUAUAACAUGGAUUUGUUGUGGAAAUUAUUGAAAGCAUUUGUUUAUUUAAUUUUAUGUUUUGAACUAGUCCUCCGGCAAUAUGGCAAAUACUUAAGAUUUUAAAUACUUUCUAUUUCUUGUUAUUUCUUCAUUUGACCUGUCCACUGAGGAAAGCUCUUAGCUGAAAUGUUCUUAUUUUAUUGUCCUGUCUUUCUAUUUCAAGCUUCCACAUACCUUCUUCUUCUAUUUCUUUCUAUAAGCAUGGCCAGUUCAGUAAGUAAUCUUUAUAUAGCAGAUCCCUAAAUUAAGAUGAUGUGAGGUGAAAUCAAUUUAGAUUUUUUAAAAAUUAUUUGAAAAAUUAGAUUCUGGCAGUGUUUUAUGGUAAUCUAAAUUUUGUAUCUUUUGAAUGUGGCUGAUAUUGAUACACCAUUAUCAUAGUUUACUUGGCUUCCCUUAAAUUUAAUUGGAAUACCUUUUGCUAUUUUGGCACAUGUUAGUCUUAAUAAACUAUUGAUAUCAACAAUUUAUUUGAAAUUGGGGUCUACACAUGUUCGGAAUUAUGAAAUGAAGUAAAUAUUUUAUCAAAUUGAUCCCUUAAUUGCAGCCUUACUAUGAACAUGUUUGUCAAGUUUUUUUGUAUUCCAUUUCAUUUUACACAUUGAUCCACUGAAAAUUAUGUCUGUGAAAAUUUAAUUACCAAGUUCAAAUAUGGUAUAUUAAAUAAUUCAUUAAAAAAUUUUAUUAAUGGGGUAGACAAUUUUUUUAAUUUAUACAUCUUUUUUUUUUAUUAACAGUCUUUUGUACACAAAAGACUGUUACUUACAUGAAUACAAAUAAAAUUAAAACUUCAAUAACUGGAACACUGGAAUUUUCACCACAAGGCCAUUACUAUUAUUGUUAUUUUUUUUUUUUUUACAAAUACCAGUAUGUUGUGCAUUUGCAUUUAGUGUCCAGCACUCAUAUGUUUUAACCCUAAUUGUUUAAAGGAGUCCUGGUGUUUAAUUUAUUGAAGACAUUUAAUUUAAAAAAUCUAUGCAUAUAACAUCUUAUUUCAAUGUUGGUAUUUGAUGCUCAAAAAAUCAAUUCUUGAUUUUAGUAUUGGUAUUGGUACUGUUAUGUCUUGAGAAUGUUGA